GAUCCAAGGCAGCGAGUCCGAUGACCCGGAAAGGCAGAUGACGUCAUCGAGAAGAGAAGAGGGCGCUUCGUGCACGAGGGCGGGCAAGACAUGUCCUCCACUGCGCACGACGAUGAGCACGAUGGGCUCGCCGCGAUCCGCAUAGACAUCCCUGAGCGUUUCUACCUCCUCCCCGGCGCUGCUCUUAUCGUCGGCACGACGAUUGGUCUCUAUCGCGGAUCCAGGACAGCUUCGUUGCGCUUCCUGGCGGAGAAUGCGCACCGUGCCCCCAAGACCGUGCGCGGGUGGUACCUGUACAACAAGACCAAGAACUACCGGGUGCUGCUGGGCGGACUGAAAGGGGCUGGUGCGGAUGCGUCGAAGCUCGGGCUGACAGCGGCCGCGUGGGUGUUGGUUGAGGAGGGCUGCACUCGCGCGGGCCUGGACGACGUGCGGGAGGUGGCGGCUGGUCUGGGCACGGGGAUGCUGUUUGGUGCCGUGUAUGGGAUGGCGUGGAAGGCGAUUCGGCGAACAACCGGUUUGGGGGUGCUGAUCGGGGGCACGCUCCGGGCGCUGCGGUGGAGCAAGGAGUACCUGAGGGAACACGCAGCGGCGCGGGCGCACGAGCUGGAGCAGACGGCGGCCGAGGGGCGGGCGGAGGUCGUGCGCGACGUGCAGGCGGCGGUGGACACGGCGAGGGGGAGGCCGACGACGGCGACAUAGGGGGCGCAUGUUCUGUAGAAUGGCCGCUUCGGGGAAUUAUAAUGAGGACCGACGCGCCCUGGAAAUUGUGCGCGGCUGUGUGGAG